AUGGAAAUAGAUGUGGUUGAACCUGAACCAAUAAUUGAAGAGGUGCUUCAAACACUUAAUUCUAUUCAAGUGGAAGGACAAAACAAUAUAGAGAUUGACAACCAACAAGCUUUGGGUAUUCAAGUCUUAGAGACUGCACCAGUAAUAGAAGAAGUUGAUGAAAAAUCCUCUACUCAACUAACUAUACGAAGGUUUCUUUAUAUGUUUUAUGCAUAUGGAUCAUCAAUAGCUGGUUGGAAUCAUUGUAGACCGGUGAUUGCUGUUGAUGCAACUUUUUUGAAAUCAAAUUAUCAUGGUGUUUUAAUGAUUUCAGUUUCAAAGGAUGCAAAUAACCAAAUAUUCCCACUAGCCUUUGGGAUUGCAGAAUCUGAAAAUAACAACUCGUAUGAGUGCUACUUUAAUAGGCAUCAAUCUAUUGCACAUGGCAUCGCAAAGGUAUAUCCUGAAAGCCACCAUGGGAUUUGUAUCUAUCAUUUGGAGCAGAACCUAAAGCGAAGGAAAGUGAAAAGUGAGGUCAUAAAACUUUUUCAAAGUGCUGCAAGAGUAUACAGGCGCAAAGGAUUUGAUCUAUACAUGUCAGAGAUAGCAAAAGUUGAUAAGAAGAUUUUUGACUACUUGAUGGAAGAACCACCAGAAAGGUGGGCGCGUUCUUGUUGUCCACGACGAAGAUAUGACAUGCUCACAACAAACAUAGUUGAGUCAAUGAAUUCUAUGCUAUUAGAAGCAAUGAAGCUUCCUAUAUUGAGAAUGAUGGAUUUCAUCCAAGUGAAGCUGCAACGUUGGUUUUAUAAAAGAAUAAAUGAAGCAGAAGGAACUUUUUAUGAUAUUUCAUGUUGGGUAGAAGAGGAAUUGAAGAAAAAGAUAGAUUUAGCUUUUACUAUAAAUUUAAGCAUUGUGUUCUUACUUUAG